AUGCCUGCGCCCCUUCAUUCAACGCUUUGGGCAGAACCCAUCAGCCCGGUAGGAUAUGGAUAUGGCGAGUCCAGAGCGCCUACUGCACCUUCGCAGUCAAAGAGGCCAGGACGAGCACGCCUGUCCCCCGCGGAAGAGACUGCCAAUCGAGCCCGAGAAGCUCGCGAGGUGUCCAGACCGGCACCAGACGCGAUGCCUCAGAAGGUGAGGAAUGCCUUGGUUGCCACACGCACAAGGCAAGAGGUAGACAAGGACCAGGAGGAGACUGAGAGAUACGAAGACGCCGAGGAGGCAGUCCCAGACUCCGAGCCAGUCAGGUCUGCCGCAUCCCUGCAAUUGCGGGACGCAGACCUGCUGGAGGCAUGGUCCCGCGGCGAGAUGCUGAUUGUUGAGGAAGAGGCGGAGGAGGUGAACACUCAACCAGCAGGCCAAGAGGACUUCCUGAACGGAAAGGCCUCUCGCAGGCGCAAGCGAGUGCGGAAGCGGGUGCGGAGGAUCCAGGAGCAGCUUGAAGUCGUAGACACUCAAGAUGAUUGGUGGCGAGAAAAGGACGAGAUUGCCACUGGCGAGAUUGAGCUGGAGGAGCUGGAGCAAGAAGUGGAGUGCGAAUGCUUCUUGGAAGGCGAGGAGGAGGAGGUAGGCUUCCACGAGGACUAUGAGGAAGACAUUCUCGAGGAUGCUUGCUUCAUGCAAGUGUCUGAAGAGGAGGUUCUCGAAGAGGAGGUGCUCGAGGAAGAAGAGGUGCUCGAGGAAGAAGAGGUUCUCGGGGAAGAGGAGGUUCUCGAGGAAGAGGAGGUUCUCGAGGAAGAGGAGGUUCUCGAGGAAGAGGAGGUUCUCGAGGAAGAGGAGCAGGAGUCGGGAGCCUCGCUGGUUCCUGCGGCGGACGUCCAGGACGCAGACGCGCAGGAAGGUGGGCCCCCGCGCAAGCGAGCGCGACUGGUUCCGGAGGGCCGGGCAGUUGGACUGCGGCAAAGGCCUCAGCUGGUUCCGGCUGCCAAAGAAGAGGCUGAACUCAAAAGAGCCCGGGCUGCGCCCGUGCAAGCGACUUACAUGCCGCCUCAUGAGAAGCGGCGUCGCUUGGAGCUGGCCAAGUGGAGUGAGAUCAAGGCUGCGUGGCAUCGGAAGCUGGAGGAGGAGGAAGCCACUGGGCCCAUGGCCAAGAAGAAGCUGGCGCCCAACAUGAGGAAGUUGGCACGGAGCUUCGAGGCCACUUUGGAGAGGCCUGGCACUUGCUGCUGGAAUCAUUUGCAGAAAGACGAGAGCGUUCAGGUUUCGGCCGAUGGGCUACGGGCACAGUGCGAGCCCGGCUGCAUGGAGCCCAGCGGCGUCAAGGGUUUGCCCUUGGUGGCGGGGGGCCGGUACCACUUCGAGGUGGAGCUCCGCAGGGGAUGCUCCUUGAUGGUGGGCUGGAGCGCAGCCCUGGUGCUGCCCUCCGUGACCUGCACCGGUCGCAGUGCGUCGCGGCGAUUGCUUGGAUACUCCUCCGACGGUGCAAUCAUUGGUGACGAAGGUGGCUCGGUGUCUGCUCCGGCUUUUGGCCGCCCGGGGGAUGUGAUUGGCGCUCUCCUGGACUGGCCAGAAGGAUCCUGUGGUCCGCGGGUGUCCUUCAUGUUGAACGGGCGCAGCCUCGGUGUGGUCUUUGAUCUUCCGUCAGAAGGCGUCUCCGCGCCGCCUCUGCAGCCGCACAUUUGCCAGGGGAACGGCAGACCAUUCAGCAUCCUGCUCCGCGGCGCGUCGAGCCAGGCUCCUUUGCGCUUCCCCGUGCCGGGCUACCGACCCCUCGGCAGCAUGGCGGAGAAGCACUUCUCCCCUUUCAGUAAGGCUGUGGAGAUUGCGACCUCGGAUGACUUGGGCACUGGACAAAAGCCGCCGCCAGCGGCCGCCCGGCGGCUCAUCCACAGCAGCUUGGGCCUGGCCCUGCCGCUGCCGCACUUGGCGCAGGACAGGAGCUUCGGGAAAGCCACGGCGCAGCGCGUCGUCACGAGGCAAGAGAGCUUGUAA